AUGACGAGAGAUCAAGUAGCUGAAGAACUUCCAAAUUUGGCAGAGUCGAAGUUAACAGCUUUGGUCGUCGAUGACAGUUUCGUAAACCAAACUAUACAUCAGAAGCUGUUGAAUCGUCUAGGGAUUAAAAACGACGUCGUCACAAACGGAAAAGAAGCCGUCGACGUUUAUUGUUCCGGCGGUAACUAUGAUCUUAUUCUUAUGGACAUGGACAUGCCCAUCAUGAACGGUAUUCAGGCAACAAAGAGACUAAGGGAGAUGGGAAUAGAGAGCAAGAUAGCAGGAGUAACAACACGAGCUAACGAAGGAGAGAAGAAAGAGUUUAUGGAAGCUGGCCUUAAUGAUUUUCAAGAGAAACCUCUUACCAUCUCUAAGCUUCUCUCUAUUCUUCAUAAACUUAAUUUCUACGUCCAAACCUAA